AAGGUGAAAGGUGAAUUAAAACGAAACGUCUGGCAGGUCUUCACAAGGAACAGAUUUCUCAGCAGCUUGCAGCAAGGAGGCGUUUAGUGAAAUGGUUUGCAGUUGAAUGUACUGAUUGCCUGCUUCUACUGGAGACAGGACUAGGAGACAGCCCAGCACUGAUGAGGACUAAGGAAUGACAUGUCUGUCUGUAAACAAAUGUCAUGGCAAGAGACCACUCUGUAGUACACAUUGUAAUGAGGCAUGACAAAUAGGAAAUGUGUACUAGGAAGAGAAGGGAUUCCUGAGGGAGAAAUAGAAGGCACUGAAAAGAGAGCUAUUUUCUAAACUCCAGCAGAAAAGCCAAAGUCCUUCCUAAGGAGAGCCACGCAGAACUGACUUUAAACAGCAUGGCAUACGUUCUCAUUAUAGCUUUGCUUUUCCUUGGACUUCAUACAUUUGCAUCUUUGGCUACAGAUACAAGUCAGCCAAGGCUUCGCCUGUCUUAUAAAGAGCUGUGGGAUUUAAACAGAACCUCAGUCUUUCAGAGUCAACUUCGAACUCUUGACCUACGUACUAUGUAUUUGGAUGAGUAUCAAGAAAGAUUGUUUGUAGGAGGCAGAGAUCAUGUAUAUUCAUUAAGUCUGGAAAAUAUCAGUGAAAAAUCUAAAGAGAUACAUUGGCCAAGCUCAGAACAGCAAAUUGAUGACUGCUACAGAAAAGGAAGAGAACAGAGAGAAUGUGCAAACUUUAUUCGAAUUCUUCAUCACUACAAUCGGACUCAUAUUUUGGCUUGUGGAACAGGAGCAUUUGAUCCAGUGUGCACCUUUAUAAGAGUUGGACUCAGGUCCCAGGAACUUGUAUUCCAACAAGAACUCCAAAAAGUUGAGAGAGGGCGAGGCCGAUGCCCCUUUGACCCAGACUCAUCUGUGAUUUCAACAUUAGCAGGCGGUGAAUUAUUUGUCGGCCUUUACAAUGAUUUCUGGGGAAGAGACGCUACUUUAUUCAGGAGUAUGGGGCAUCUGCCAUAUAUAAGAACAGAGCAUGAUGAUGAUCGCAUCUUAAAAGAGCCCAAGUUUGUGGACUCCUUCUUGAUUCCAGACAAUGAAGACAAGGAUGACAAUAAAAUAUACUUCUUUUACACUGAAAAGGCAAUAGAAGGAGAUGGAAUCCACGCUCUUUAUUCUCGAGUAGGACGAGUCUGUGCGAAUGAUGUUGGAGGACAAAGAAUGAUGGUGAACAAGUGGACCACUUUUCUUAAAGCCAGACUGACCUGUUCAGUGCCUGGUCGCAAUGGAAUUGACACACAUUUUGAUGAACUUGAGGAUGUAUUUUUAAUGCAUAAUAGAGAUGCAAAGAACCCAGAGAUCUUCGCACUAUUCAGUACCACAAGCAAUAUUUUUAAAGGGUAUGCGGUUUGUGUUUAUCAAAUGUCCAGCAUACGUGAAGCCUUUAAUGGCCCCUAUGCACACAAGGAAGGACCAGAAUACCACUGGACAAUGUAUGAGGGCAAAGUUCCUUACCCAAGGCCUGGCUCAUGCCCAAGCAAAGUGAAUGGAGGUCACUAUGGAACCACUAAGGAUUAUCCAGACGAGGCCUUGCGGUUUGCAAGAAGUCAUCCUCUGAUGUACGAACCCAUUAAACCAAUACAUAAAAGACCAAUUCUUGUAAAAGUUGAUGGAAAAUACAACCUAAAACAAAUUGCUGUGGACAGAGUACAAGCAGAGGAUGGACAAUAUGAUGUAAUGUUUCUAGGAACAGACAAUGGAAUUGUACUGAAAUCUAUCACAAUUUACAAUCAAGAAACAGAAACAAUGGAGGAAGUUAUUCUUGAAGAACUUCAGGUGUUUCAGAUUCCGGAGCCUAUUGUUGCAAUGGAGAUUUCUGCAAAAAGACAGCAACUGUACAUUGGAUCCAAAUCGAGUGUGGCCCAAUUAAAGCUUCAUCAGUGUGAAAUAUAUGGUACAGCAUGUGCUGACUGUUGCCUUGCACGCGAUCCCUACUGUGCUUGGGAUGGCAUGUCUUGCACCAGGUAUUUCCCCAUUGGAGUACACUCUAAGAGACGUUUCAGAAGACAGGAUGUCCGACAUGGCAAUGCAGCUCAGCAGUGUUCAGGACAACAUUUUAAUGGAGAAGGUGUAAGAAAGACUGAGGAGUAUACAGUAUAUGGUGUUGAACAUAACAGCACUUUAUUGGAAUGUAUGCCUCGUUCCUUACAAUCUAAAGUCAUCUGGUUUGUGCAGAAAGCACAAGAAGGAAAGAAAGAUGAGGUGAAAACAUGUUGACAGAGUUAUAAUGCGGAGUUUGGACAUUCUUUUUCUAAAAAAUACAUAAAUCAGAUGCUGGGAUCUAUUAUUGCCAAACUGUGGAGAAUUCUUAUGUCCAUAUAAUUAGAAAAAUGACUCUGGAAAUUGUUGAAGAAGAACGUGUUGAUGACAUGUUUCACAAAGAAGAAGAGGAAGAAGUUAUGCUCCAAAAAAUGCCAUGUCCUGGACAACCAAGCAUCCCCCAGUCAUCCAGACAAUGGUACAAAGAGUUCUUGCAGUUGAUUGGAUAUAGCAAUUUUCAAAAAGUUGAAGAAUAUUGUGAAAAAGUAUGGUGUCCAGAUAAGAGGAAGAGGAAACUAAAAAUGUCUCCAAAUAAAUGGAAACAUGUAAACCCACAAGAGCGUAAGUCACGUGGGAGAUCUGACCACCACCGCAUGCCAAGACACAUACUGCAACCAUAAGUUUUGUAUUUGAAAUGGCUUAAGACUCUAAAAGCAAUAAUUUACAGGGUGAUGUAGAAAACUGAGUAUCUUUAAUUACCCUUUUAGGUAGAGCUUAUGAAACAUCAACAACAUAUUGACUGGUUUGGCAUUAUGUAAAUAUUUCGUAUAUUUUAUUAAACUGUUUAAUUUUAAAUAUGUUUAUAUCCAUAAUUUAAUAUGGAUUUACUGGAUUUACUUCUGUUUUGUAUAUUAUAACCAAAUGAUCAUUUUCUUAAAUUGUUUACAACUGUAUGAAAGGCUACUUUCCAAGACGUGAGCAAAUAUGGAGAGUCUGCAAACUGUACAAAAUGUAAUUAUACAUGCUUAUCAUUAAAAAGGGUUGAAAGAGGACAGAAGGUCAUUAGGUCCCGUAUGUUAUUCAAUCUGUAAGUGUGGUACUGAAUAUUAAGUUAUAUUAGUCCAAGAAAGACAAAACAAUAUUCAAGAGCCAUCAACCAUGGUUACUGAAGGAGAAGGAAAAACUCUCACUAGACUUUUUAUGGUACCUGGCAACCUGAUUAUAACUAAGUGAUUUUACCACGUCAUGACCCUCAUAGCAAAACAUAUAUUUACCUUCUGACUGUGAAGUAUGACUUUCAUGAAGACUAAGCAUCUGUCAUAUAAACA